UGCACGCACGGAGCCCGCUGCUCCUUCUGCCAGUUGUGUGCGAGUGUGCGUGCGUGUGCAAGGGGACACCAGGCACGCUGACUGCUUGCUCCCGUCUCUCCCCCUCUCUCCAGCUCGCCAACUCCGUCUCCCUCCCUCUGCUAACAUUGGAUUUAAACCUGCUCAGAAUUCAGCGCAGACGGAAAGCAGCGGCGGCAGCAGCAGCAAGCAGAGAGCGAAGCCUCUCGCCUAGCGCAGCUCCAAGAUGAACCAUCCUGCCUGCUGGAUCGUCUUCACGGCCACCACUGCCCUGCUCUUCAUCCCAGGAGUGCCCGUGCGCAGCGGAGAUGCCACCUUCCCCAAAGCCAUGGACAACGUGACAGUGCGGCAAGGGGAGAGCGCCACGCUCAGGUGUACUGUGGAUGAGCGGGUCACGCGGGUAGCGUGGCUGAACCGCAGCACCAUCCUGUAUGCCGGCAAUGACAAGUGGUCUAUAGACAACCGUGUGGUCAUCCUGUCCAACACCAAGACCCAGUACAGCAUCAAGAUACACAACGUGGACAUUUACGAUGAGGGGCCCUACACCUGCUCUGUGCAGACAGACAAUCACCCCAAGACUUCACGCGUCCAUCUCAUCGUGCAAGUGCCCCCCAAAUUGUCAAUCUCGUCGGACAUCACCGUGAACGAGGGCAGCAGCGUGACCCUCAUGUGCCUGGCCUUUGGGAGACCGGAGCCCACCGUCACGUGGCGGCACCUCUCCGGGAAAGGGCAGACCUUUGUGAGUGAGGACGAGUACCUGGAGAUCACGGGCAUCACACGGGAGCAGUCUGGGGAGUACGAAUGCAGCGCUGUCAACGACGUGGCCGUCCCGGACGUGCGGAAAGUCAAAGUUACUGUCAACUACCCGCCGUACAUCUCCAACGCCAAGAACACGGGCGCCUCGGUGGGCCAGAAGGGCAUCCUGCAGUGCGAGGCUUCGGCCGUGCCUGUGGCGGAGUUUCAGUGGUUCAAGGAGGACACCAGGUUAGCAAACGGGCUGGAGGGAGUGCGGAUCGAGAGCAAGGGCCGCCUGUCCACGCUGACCUUCUUCAACGUCUCGGAGAAGGAUUACGGCAACUACACGUGCGUGGCCACGAACCAGCUGGGCAACACCAACGCCAGCAUCAUCCUCUAUGGGCCCGGAGCAGUGCACGAUGGCGGCAACGCGGCGUCCCGGGUGGCUGCCGGCCUCUGCCUCUGGGCCACCCUCCUCGCUCGCCUCCUUCUCGACUUUUGAUAAGGGAGCGGAGGGUCCCGGGAGGCCUCGCCGCACCUCUCCCCCGCCGCGGGCUCGGCCGCCGCGCCGCCCGGGGACUCCUCUCCACCGGACGGGCGAUGGGUGCACCGGAGGACGGGCGGCAGGGUGCCGAGCGUCCGAGGAUGGCCCCGUCUCCCACGUGCCGGGAUCGUCCUCGCCGCCGGUUACGCUGUACAGACCCCACCACGUGCCACCAGACUGUCACCCGCCACCGUCGCCCCGGGGAUGUGGCCCGGCACGGACGGUGCCCCCUGUGGCUGCCUCAUCUCCAACGCCGGGGGCACGGAGCCGUCGGGGCGGGUGCCGCCCAGAGCCUUCACCGGGAUGUCCGUCUCGUCGUCUCACUAAGCCGCCUAUGCCCAAAAAGACCCCAAGGUUGAAGCCUCCUGGCUCUGCCUUCAGCCCUCGCGGUCCUGAAUGUCAGUUCUCGUCGCCAAAGCUCCUCCCUAAGCAACCCGAUGUCGCCAGCCCCCCAUCACCUGCCUCUGCUCCUGACAGGAUGCUCUCUGGCCCUUUGGGAGAGGGUCACCCGACACAACCAGUUGUCCUUCAAGGGUCACACACUUCCCACUACUCUUUAUUCCAGCUGACAUCGUACCCCUGUGCUUCCCACUAAAACCCCCUCGCCUUCCUGAGGACACGAGGCUGCUCUCCCAGGAAUGUGAGCCCUGGGGACUGCCACCAGCCCUCCUAGAGACUAGAGCCUUCUUGCUGCAUCAGACAGCCAGGCCCUCACUCCUUGCUCCAGAUCCCUGCCCACUCUGCUGCCCCCUGAUGGCAGGGGCUGCCCCAUGGCUCUCACCUUGAUGCUCUGCCAGCACUUUUUGGGGACGUUUCUCUGGGCUUGUUUUCCAAGCACUUUCCAACCUGCACAUCAAAAGCACAGCAUCACCAGCGUGGGGCAGAGGCUCUGAACAACAGAUCGAAACACCAGCUGACAAGGCCCUUCUGCUACAGCUCUGACGUUCAUGACCGUCUGUAUCUCUGCCCCUCGUGGGGCCCUGAGCUGCAAUGUCCUCACUCUGCCUUGUCUCAUGCUCAUCACGUGUCCCUGCCUGAGGAAAGUCUGAUGUGUCUGACCCUGUGGAGGAGGCCUGGGCUCUGUCAAUUUGCUGUGCUGGCACAGCAGGGACAAGGAUGGCUCCAAUGCUCCCUGCUGCAACCUGCCUGUGACACCAAAAUAGACACACCCAGACUCUGCCCUCUCUGCUUCUUUUAGCCACCCUGGGAGCUGCCACCCGUGGUGGCAGUGGCCAUGUCAUCUCCCUGCAUAUGGAAUUGUGCUCCUGAUAGCCUCGUGCACCACGGACCCCCUUGCCUGGUACAUUGUGGCAGCCCUGAGCCUUCUUGUCACUCCAUGGCCACCCAGGAAUGCUUUGGUGCCACAGUCUGGGGAUGGACACUCCCAUCCUGCUCCUGAAAAGUCAUGCCUGGCACUGCACCCUAUUGCUCUGACAGGGAGACUCGACCACAGCAAGGCACUGAGCAAGCACACAGAGUGUCUCCUGUCCUGACCCAGCACCUCCCCGUGCCUUGUCCCUUCCUUCUCCCUCCAUAAUUGAGAUGACUUAAAACAAUGGCCACGCACACGCUGUCUUCCCCCUGCAAACUCUGCUGCUGCCCAAACCUGCUUUCUGUGGCUGCAAGGAAGCUGGGGUGCCAGCCCUCAGCACAUAAGAUGGAAAAACCACCCUGAGCCAGAGGCCAUGAUGGGCCACCACCGUGUCCUCUAUGCAGCCAUGCCCAUCCUCAUCCCUGUUCCCAAUGGGCUGCCCAGGACCUGCUACAAAAUCUCAGUGGAUGCUCCUGCCUGCCCAUCCUGGACGUUCAACCUGUACCAUGGCUGAUUGACAAAAAACAGGGCAGGGGCUGCCCCAGUGCUGGCCUGAGGCUCUGGCUUACCUGGUGGACGGGGAUCUGGUGUUGACUGGGUGAGUCCGCGUCCUGCGGUCCCUGCGGUGCUGCUCUGCUUCUCCGCUGGCACCCAAGGAAGGUGGCACUGUCAGAGAUCUGGGUCCUGUCCCACGGCCCCUGGCAUGUUUUUCACAUGUGGAUGGCACUGUCUUCAGGCAGCACGGCAACACGCACAUCCCUCCCCACAUGCCUGCUCCAAAAUACCGUGGGUGCAGGAGACACCUUGCCCUGAUGCCUUUACUGGUCUGCACUGCCCCACAACCACCUCCCGCUGCCACCCCGUGCCCUUUCCUUGGUCAGCCCCAAAUUUCUCUGUCCACACAGCAGAAAUGCAGCAGAGUCACAGGGCAAGAGGCCACGGCGAAUCGGAGAGUGGCGGUGACGAGAUGCCACGACGCACACUGAGGCUGGCGGGCCUGGUGCCAGGGCUGCCCCCAUCCCAUCCUUGUCCCUGGCUCGGGUGGGCUCCCCUGUACCCUGCUGGGACAGCAUUCGACUUUCUCGUGCCAUGUAACGUGCCAUUGUGAGGAACGUGUUGGCUGUCUGAGGCCGGCCCCGCCGCGGCUCUGCUGGGUGCCAGACCCAUUUGUGACCACUGCUCCCCAUGUUUGGGUGCCCAGGGGGCGGCUGGGUGCCCAGGGUGGGGGCAGUGUGGCUCUUGGGUCUCUCCUGCUGACGGCCGGGAUGGCUGGUCUUGAGUUUCUGUCGAUCAUUGUAUUCCAAGGGUGGCUAUACUACCUGAGAUUUGUGCAUGUUACAUUGUAGUUGUAACCUUUUCUAAUUCGGCAAGAAUAAGAGAUGGUUGUGAUUGUGCAGUGUAUCAAUAAAGUUUGACGAACUUUGUA